AUGGCGGACGAUUCCCUCUUUGCGCGUCAGUACAUUGACUACUGCUACGUCCCCGGCUUUCUCCUUGUUCUCGGAACGGCCAUUGUCAAAACGUCUUGGGUCAUCUACGCCAUCCCCGUGGCCAUCCUCUUCGGCGCCUACAACUUUUGGAACUUUCAGAUCAAGAAGGUCCUCAAGCCUGACGUCUUCCAAGAGUUUGAGCUCCAGGAAAAGACUGUCAUCUCCCACAAUGUAGCCAUCUACCGCUUCAAGCUCCCCUCGUCCAAGUCGGUCCUCGGCCUGCCCAUCGGGCAGCACAUCUCCAUCGGCGCGCCCCUGCCGCAACCCGACGGCAUCACCAAGGAGAUUGUGCGCUCGUACACGCCCGUCUCCGGCGACCACCAGCCGGGCUUCUUCGACCUGCUCAUCAAGUCGUACCCGCAGGGCAACAUCUCCAAGAUGAUGGCCUCGCUGAUGGUCGGCCAGACGAUCCGCGUCCGCGGGCCCAAGGGCGCCUUCGUCUACACCCCCAACAUGGUCCGCCACUUCGGCAUGAUCGCCGGCGGCACCGGCAUUACCCCGAUGCUGCAGAUCAUCCGCGCCAUCACCCGCGGCCGCGCCGCCGGCGACGCCACCGAGGUCGACCUCAUCUUCGCCAACGUCACCCCACAGGACAUCCUCCUUAAGGAGGACCUCGACGCGCUCGCCGCCGAGGACAAGGGCAUCCGCGUCCACUACGUCCUCGACAACCCCCCGGAGGGCUGGACCGGCGGCGUCGGCUACGUCACCGCCGACAUGAUCACCAAAUUCUUCCCCAAGCCCGCCGACGACGUCAAGAUCCUGCUCUGCGGCCCGCCCCCCAUGAUCAGCGGCCUGAAGAAGGCCACCGAGAGCCUCGGCUUCAAGAAGGCCCGCCCCGUCAGCAAGCUCGAGGACCAGGUCUUUGCCUUUUAA